AUGUCACUCGUCGAAGGUGUGCUUCUCAAAGUAGCCAUUAUGCCAGCCGCCUUCAUGUUCUCUGUACUCGGUUGUUUAAAUAUUAAGAACAAUAGCGAUAAAGAUGUCGACAGCGCCCAAUGUAAUACAUUUCAAAUGUUUCCGAUGAAGCGGAGUCAGAUCGAUAGUGAAGAAAGCACAGAAGAAUCGGAAAGCACGAGCAGUUCCAGAAAUUCGGCCUGUGGUGACAGGAGAAAAAAGAAAAGU